AUGGAGGACACUUGGGCAUCAUUGGUCCAGACAAUGGCUGGCCACUCUAGCAUGGUUAUCGCCGUGGCUUUCUCUCCAGACGGGAAGCAGGUCGCCUCUAGCUUGUGGGACAUGACCAUCAAGCUUUGGGAUGCCACAACGGGUGAUUGUCAGAAGAUACUAGCCGGCCACUCUAGCCAGGUCACUGCUGUAGCCUUCUCUCCGGACGGGAAGCAGAUCGCCUCUAGCUCGGAUGACAAAACCAUCAAGCUUUGGGAUGCCAUAACGGGUAAUUGUCAGAAGACAAUGGCUGGCCACUCUAGCCAGGUCACCGCCGUGACCUUCUCCCCGGACGGGAAGCAGAUCGCCUCUGGCUCAGAUGACGGGACCACUAAGCUUUGGGAUGCCACGACGGGUGAUUGUCAGAAGACACUGGCUGGCCAUUCUAGCCAGGUCACCGCCGUGGCCUUCUCUCCGGAUGGGAAGCAGAUCGCCUCUGGCUCGUCGGACAAGACUAUCAAGCUUUGGGACAUAGCCAAAUCCCCGAAAGCCUCAAAAUAUCCUGGGCACAUUUUUGGCAGUCGCUUGAAGCUCCGUUCAUCGCAGGAAGUCAAGACAUCAGAGAGAAUACACACCAUCAAAUUCUCAGGAGACUGCCGAUAUCUUACAACCAACAUUGGUCCAAUCAAGCUUGUGGCCCCCGCAGAUGGACGAAAGACUGCCUUUGACUCAGUACGGGAUAUCUACGUCAUAAAUCAGUGGAUAUGCUAUGGGGACAUGCCUCUCAUUCGGAUACCAUCAGAGUUUAUCCCAUCAUGUGAUGAUGCACAAGGCGAUCAAUUGACUGUUGGAUUCAGUAAUGGUCGAGUUUUGAGCUUUAACAUUGACCGCAGUAGCUUGCAGUCAAUGAUGGGAAAUCUCUUUAGACUCUGCUAA